CACACACACACACACACACACUAUCUCUCUCUCUCUCUCUCUUUCUUUCUUUAUCACUUUCUUUAUUUCAAAACAAAAAUUAAAAGAUACAAAGAAUAAAAUUAAACCAAAAGCAAAAGCAAAAGCAAAAUAAUAAUAAAAAAAUUACAAAAAAAAAAUUUAGAUGACGGCUAUGGAAUAUCGUUAUCUCGGAAACUCUGGUCUAAAAGUCAGCAUUUUGUCAUUGGGAUCAUGGAUUACUUUUGGAGGCCAAAUCACACCUGAACAGACGACCGAGAUCGUAAAGACUGCUUUAGAAAUGGGCAUUAAUCAUUUUGACGUGGCCGAGAGCCAUGCAGGUGGCCAGGGUGAGAUUGAUCUAGGACUUGCGCUACGUAACCAGGCUGGCCUUCGUAGAUCCGAUUUUGUCAUUUCAACAAAGGUUUUCUGGGGUGGAAAAGGCCCCAAUGAUCGCGGACUUUCUCGAAAACAUGUAUUUGAGGGAACAGUUGCUUGCUUACAACGACUACAGCUGGACUAUGUCGAUAUUUUGUAUGCACAGCGACCUGAUCCUGAUACUCCAAUGGAAGAAAUUGUACGUGCCUUUAAUUGGUGCAUUGACAAGGGAAUGGCACUAUACUGGGGAACAAGUGAAUGGCCGGUACAUAUGAUCAUAGAAGCCAUGGGUGUAGCCAACCGUCUUCAGCUCAUAGCACCUAUUACAGAAUCUCCACAGUACAAUAUCAUGAAUCGUGAUCGAAUCGAAAAAGAAUAUGUUCCUUUGUUUAAUCAAUUUAGACUUGGAAUGUGUACCUGGUCUCCACUUGCCUCAGGUCUAUUGACUGGUAAAUAUAAUGAAGGAGUCAUCCCACCUUAUACACGUCUUGCAAUCCAAGACCACCCGGUCAUAAACAGACUCCGGUCCGGAUUCUUUAGUGAAGAAGGAAAAAGAAAGCUAGAAAAGAUCAAGAUGGCCUGUGCUAUUGCAAAAAGAAUUGGAUGUACACCAGCCCAGUUGGCUGUGGCAUGGUGUCUUAAGAAUCCAAAUGUUACUUCAGUAAUCAUCGGAGCGUCUACGCCAGCACAAGCAUGCGAGAAUAUCCAGGCUCUCAAGAUUCGUGAAUUAUUGACAGAUGAAGUUAUGCUUGAUCUUGAUAGGUUGUUUUCCAAUAAGCCAGAGCCGGUAUUUGACUUUAGAAAGUCAUGACAGCAACAACAUCAAUUCCUCCUUUCUUCUUCCUUCUCCCUCUUAUCCUCUUGCUCUCUCAGCCCUUAUGAUCUUUCUUUAUCUCCUUUGAUACUUUCUUUGGUUUCUCUUAUAUCACAAAGACGGUGUGAUAUAAAUAGAGUACAUUCAAGACAAAUGGAGAAGAAAAAUAAAUAAAUGAAUACAAUGGAAAAAG